CAGAUGUCAUCCGGAAGUGCGUGUAUCACGCUUAUAAACAACUAGCCAGCACUCUACCGAUCACGCAGUAACACAUUUUACAUUGUUUAUCCUUUUAGUUGAUUUUACAGGACUGCAGAUAAAACGGGAAAGAGAUCAUGUCGACAGAGGAGAGUAAAGGAACGGAGGGGCUCGUUGACCUCGAAGAGCCGAAGAAAAUGACUCGAGAGGACUGGAGGAAGAAGAAAGAGCUGGAAGAACAGAGAAAAUUGGGAAACGCUCCAGCUGAGGUCGACGAGGAGGGAAAGGAUAUCAACCCUCAUAUUCCCCAGUACAUCUCAUCUGUCCCAUGGUACAUCGACCCCUCGAAGAGACCCACCCUCAAGCAUCAGAGGCCUCAGGAAGAGAACCAGAAACAGUUUACAGCCAUUGGAGAAUGGUACAAAAGAGGUGUACAAGAAAAAUCAGUCAGCACGAAAUUCAGAAAAGGUUCAUGUGAAAACUGUGGUGCCAUGACACAUAAAAAGAAGGACUGCAUGGAGAGACCCAGAAAGGUUGGUGCAAAGUUUUCGGGCACAGCCUUUGCCCCAGAUGAACACCAACAGAUUCAGCUCUCAAUGGAUUAUGAUGGAAAGAGAGACCGCUGGAAUGGGUAUGACCCUGAUGAUCACAUGCGCAUUGUAGAGGAGUAUUCAAAAGUUGAUCUGGCAAAGCGUACCCUCAAAGCUCAGAAGCUGCAGGAGGAGUUGGCAUCUGGAAAACUAAUGGAUCAGGCGAACUCAAGGAAGCAUAUUGAUGAUGACGCACAGGAGCACAGCAGUGAAGAUGAGGACGAGGACAAAUAUGUUGAUGACUUUGACAUGCCCGGACAAAACUUUGACUCCAAGAGACGUAUUACAGUUAGAAACCUGAGAAUCCGAGAGGACAUUGCUAAGUACCUACGAAAUUUGGAUCCAAAUUCGGCCUACUACGACCCCAAGACUCGAGCCAUGAGGGAAAACCCAUAUUCUAACGCUGGCAAGAAUCCAGAAGAGGUGGGCUACGCUGGAGACAACUUUGUGCGCUAUUCUGGAGACACCAUCACCAUGGCCCAGACACAGCUCUUUGCCUGGGAAGCAUAUGAGAAGGGAUCUGAAGUUCACCUCCAGGCAGACCCAACCAAACUGGAGCUGCUGCAUCAGUCCUACAGAGUCAAAAAGGAUGAAUUCAAAGAGAAACAGAAAGAGAGCAUCUUGGAAAGGUAUGGUGGGCAGGAACACUUGGAUGCCCCUCCACGAGAACUUCUGCUGGCUCAGACAGAGGAGUAUGUUGAGUAUUCGCGUCAUGGUGCUGUGUUGAAGGGACAGGAGAAAGCUGUGGCCUGCUCGAAGUAUGAGGAGGAUGUGCUCAUUAAUAACCACAUGUGUAUCUGGGGAUCAUACUGGAGAGAUGGCUAUUGGGGUUACAAAUGCUGCCACUCGAUGGUGAAGCAAAGUUACUGUACAGGGGAAGCUGGAAAGAAAGUAUCAAAUAAUUCAUGUAUUCCAUUUGAAGAGUAUGUAGAGGAGGCUGAAAAUAAUGAAGAGCCAAAGACCCUUCUACAGAUGCACCAGGAAAAGAUGAAAGACAAGAAAAAGAAGAAAAAGAGCAGGAAGCAUAGCAGCAAAGAUACUGACAGCAGUGACGAGGAGGAUGAAGCAAAGAAGAAAGAGAAGCUGAAGAAGGCAUUGAGUGCGGAGGAGCAGAGGCUGAAGCAGGUGGCUGAACUGAUGCAGGUGGACGAAAGGAAGCGGCCAUACCACAGCCUCAAGGAAGUCCGUGAACCUACAGAGGAGGAGAUGGAAGCUUUCCGCAUGAAACGUUACCGUGCCGACGACCCCAUGGCUCCUUUCCUGGGGAAGUAAAGUAUUAUGUAUUAGUCUAUAGACUCAAAUGUUUUUUGUCACAAACCACGGAAACAUCAUAGUCUCAGUUAGAGAUCCGUCAUUGUCAUUUUCAAACUAAAUCUAAAACAUGUCCCAUAUGUGUUUUAGACCAGCUUUGUAUGAAGUAAAAAAUCUGUUUUGUGAUUUGGUUAUAGUAAUUAAUCAGAUGCUUACUUUCUGAAUAUUUUAAGAAUCCUAUAUGUGUGGUUUUUCUUUUGACAGUACAUGAUCAAGCAUCGUUUUAUUGGUUUUGUAAAUAUGAAGUGCCCAAUAAAUUACA